AUGUCGAGGGCUACCGUUGAACUUGAUUUCUUUGCCAUGAAUAAAGAGAACAGCUCCUCCUCUUCCAAAUCCAAGUUUCUUAAUCGUCAAAGAAGCUUUCGAGAUAUUCAGAGUGCUAUUUCGAAAAUAAAUCCCGAGCUUCUAAAAUCUGUGAUUGCCUCUGGCUCUGCUGCCAACAAGACUACUCCAGAGAAUGGCAAUCAGUUCUCAAACAAAUCAUUCUCUGUGCCUUCUACUCCUAGGCAAGAGCAGCCUUCAUUUCCUCCUUUGCCUCUCUAUUCUCCUCUCCCAAGGCCUAAUUUGGAGAAUCAUCCCGAAACUGCCCCCUUGACUAUUUUCUACAAUGGAACCGUUGCAGUUUUCGAUGUCCCUCGCUACAAGGCGGAGAACAUUUUGAAGCUUGCUCAUGAGAAGGGAAUCUCCAAGACCAGUGUUGAACCAGCAGCUGAUCCAAAGACUGAUCAGCAACAGCUUCUGGAGAGUCUUGAUGGAGUGAGAUCCAUGCUUUAUGUUUUUGGUAAGCAGAAUCUACCUCCUGCCCGUCUUAACAGCAAGGCGGAGUGA